CGCCGAUUCUGUAUCCGCUGUUGGAAGUAUCCCAGCAGAUAUCCAGCAGACACCAUGUCGAAGACACUCAAUUCAGCUGCUUUGUGGAAUGUAUAUAGACUACUAGAUAUCCAGACGAGACUGCAACAUGCCACAAUUUCUUUGUUCACCUUGUUCAUCGAACACAGGCGCAAGCCCACCAUGUACGUCGAAAUCCUAGCAGCCCUAUUCCUGUACCUCUUCACCUCCUACGUGGUGAUCCCAAUAACCACCUACUACCGCGAUCCCAAAGGUCUUCACCGAUAUCCCAACUUCUACAAAUUGUCCGGCAUAUCCGACCUCCCCUAUAUCUAUGAAGCCCACAAAAGCUUCCGCUCCAGGAACCUCUACGAAGCGCACAAGAACCGCCCCAUCCUCCGCGUCGGACCAAACUCGCUCUCUUAUGGUAACCCACGGGCAAUCAAAGACAUCUACGGCCACGGUACCGCAUGCGUCAAGGACCGGUUUUAUUCAGAAACGGGAGGGACGCAUGCUCAUCUCGCGGAUGUGGUAGAUAAGGGUCAGCAUGCGCGGAAGCGGAAAGUUUUGGCUAGUGCGUAUGCGCUGAAGAAUCUUGAGGAGUGGGAGUAUAAAGUGGGUGAUAUGACGGAGAGGUUGGUCAAGGCCUUUGAUGAGAGGUGUACGGAGCCGUUGCUUCCUGGGCAAUUGCCGAAGGAGGAGGAUUUGAAAGUUGAUUAUCGAAUGUGGACGAAUUUAUAUACCAUCGCCGCGAUUGCGAGUAUUGGGCUGAGUGAGGAUCUGCGGUUUUUGGAUCAAGGGUCGGAUUUGGUGAAAUCGGAGAUUCGAGAUGGAAAUGUCAAGCAUGUUUCUUUCCGGGAGUGUCAGUCUGCUGCUGGUCGAGUUACGUAUAACCUGGUCUGGGCUUAUGACUGGUACCAAACCCUGGCUCGAAUCAGCAAGCUGGCCUCCUCGACUUACCGUCGACUGUGGAAGCUGAACGACGACUGGAAUGGGGUCAUUCUCAACCGUGGAACAACUCGACUCAAGCGAUACCUAGCCGGAGAGAAGCUGGACGAUUUCUUCGCCGCCAUGAUGGAGGAUAAGAACGGCAAACCGCACAACCUGGAAUGGGGCGAGAUUCUGGCUGAAAUCAGCAUCAUGAUGAACGCUGGAUCUGACACCACUGCCAUCUCGCUGCGGAAUGUCAUGUUCUUCCUGCUGAAGAACCCGCAGUGCAUGGAGAAGCUCCGUGCUGAGAUUGACACCGUCCUCGACAAAGAUGAAGUCAUCGCGCCCUAUGCCAAAUUCAAGCACUUCCCGUACCUCCGCGCAUGUUUAGACGAAAGCCUUCGGAUGCUUCCACCGGUAAUCUUCGCCCUCCCCCGUCGAACGCCCCCAGAAGGAACAACCAUUCUAGGCGAGUAUAUCCCCGGCGACACCUCAGUCAGCAUGUCAGCGUACGUGGUCCACCACAACGAAUCCAUCUUCAAAGACCAUAGUGUUUACCGACCAGAGCGCUGGCUUGGUGAAGCUGGGAAAGCCUUGCAGCCGUAUUUCAUCCCGUUUAGCACUGGUGCGAGGGGGUGUAUCGGACGGAAUAUUAGCUAUCUUGAACAGACGGUGCUUUUGGCUUCUUUGGUCCAUCGGUUCGAGUUUGCUUUGCCACAGCCUGAGUGGAAUCCUCAUAUUCCAGAGACGACUAAUCUGAGCCCAGGGCCGAUGCCGCUGAAGAUUUGGAGGAGGCAGAGUCUGAGUGUGUGAUGCACUCCGUAGGCUUCCCUGGAAACGGAGCAGAGGAAUCCG